AUGCCUCGCGCAACACGAGAAACCCAGAUCUAUAGGAAAGAUGCAAAGCUCAACCAUAACCUACUGACAAAGGAAGAGCGGGAGAGGCUCAUAAAGCCAUACCUCCCCUCGCCGCCAUCAAGGUCUCCCACGAGACGUGAUGGCAAUACCGGCAUCCCAACAAUUCGCAUCGACAGCCCCAAAACCCAUUCCAGACUCGGCGUCCGCAAAUUCCUACGCACCCAACUACAUGCCCUUCUUUACGCAAUAGUGCACACCAUUUUCUCUGUUUAUAUACGGUUACGGCAGGCGUAUCAUUCCGUCAAGGACAGAAUACUGGCGAUUCUGUAUUAUCACCACCGGACACCAGAGCUUAUCCAGAAGGAUGUCAAGGGAUUGAGCAGGUUACCGAAGCACUUGAGUGUGAUAUUGAAGCUGGAAGAUGGGGGAAGAGGUGGUGCUGGGCUAGAAGCUCUUGUGGAUGAGGUUGCGGAGAUUUCAGCUUGGUGUGCUUGUGUGGGCAUACCCAUGCUUUCAAUAUAUGAGAAGACUGGUAUCCUCAAGGGUUAUGUCCCAGCGACUCAUCGAACAAUCUCCAGAAAACUAUCUUCGUAUUUCGGACCUCAACAACCAGCUCUAUCAUUACGCGCACCUCACAUACCAUCCAUGGAAUCAGCCUCCAGCACCCCAACCAGCGAAUCUCCCCGAUCGCCCGUUCAAACCCUCUCCGUGCUCCUCCUUUCAGCCGAAGACGGACGAGACUCCCUCGUUGAUCUCACCAAGACCCUAGCAGAGAUGUCACAGCAUUCCAAGCUCUCACCGAACGACAUCAGCAUAGAACUAGUCGACGCCGAGCUAUCGGAAAGUGUGAUGGGUGAGCCAGAGCUAUUGGUUCUUUUCGGACCUACGGUAGAGCUGUCAGGUUACCCACCCUGGCAGAUACGUCUCACGGAGAUCCUUCAUGUGCAGGAUAACCAGGGGGUUGGGUAUCAGGUGUUUUUGAGGGCGUUGUAUAAUUUUGCUAAUGCUCAGAUGAGAUUUGGGAGAUAG